AUGGGCGCUGAGAAGAUCCUUCCCAAGGAAGGCGAGAGAAAUAUCCUCAUCACCUCUGCAUUGCCCUAUGUGAACAACGUACCACAUCUAGGAAACAUCGUGGGUAGUGUGCUCAGCGCCGACGUCUUCGCUAGGUACAACAAAGCCCGGGGCAGACCGACUCUUUUCAUCUGCGGAACAGACGAAUAUGGCACUGCGACGGAAACGAAAGCUUUGGAGGAAGGUGUCAGCCCAGAAGAGCUGUGUGCAAAAUACAACAAAAUCCACGCUGAAAUCUACGAAUGGUUUGAAAUAGGCUUUGACAAGUUCGGCCGGACUCCUACUCAACAACAUACUCAGAUCGCUCAAGAAAUAUUUCUACAACUCCACGCCAAUGGCCAUUUGACUGAACAUACCAACAGUCAGCCAUAUUGCGAAAAGCAUGGCAAGUUUCUGGCUGAUCGCUUUGUGGAGGGUACAUGUCCCAAAUGUGGCUAUGAUGAUGCUCGUGGCGACCAGUGCGAUAAAUGUGGAAGUCUCCUCGACCCUCUCGAUCUUAUUAACCCUCGGUGUAAGGUCGACGGAGCCACUCCUGUGACGAAAGAGACCAAGCAUACCUAUUUGCGCCUGGAUGAGCUUCAGCCCCGGAUUGAGGAAUGGUGCAACCAGUCGAUCGAGCGAGGUGGCUGGUCAAGAAGUGCCAAGCUGAUCACAGAAGCAUGGUUGAAGCAGGGGUUGAAAGAGAGGGGUAUUACUCGGGAUCUUGCGUGGGGUGUACCUGUUCCCUUGCCCGGCUAUGAACACAAGGUCUUGUAUGUGUGGUUCGAAGCUUGCAUUGGCUAUCCGUCUAUCACUGCCAACUACACAGAAGAAUGGCAAAAAUGGUGGAAGAACCCCGACAACGUCCAAUUGUACCAGUUCAUGGGCAAAGACAAUGUGCCCUUCCAUUCCGUCAUCUUCCCUGGAUGUCAGAUGGGUACUGGAGAGAAAUGGACUCAGCUACACCACCUCUCUUCCACGGAGUACCUCAACUACGAAAAUGGCAAAUUCAGUAAGAGUCGUGGUGUCGGGGUUUUUGGCAACAAUGCCAAGGAGACCGGCGUGCCUCCUGAUGUUUGGAGGUAUUAUCUGCUGAAGAACCGCCCGGAGUCGGGAGAUACCCAAUUUGAAUGGCGAUCCUUCAUCGACGGCAACAACUCAGAACUGUUGGCCAAGCUGGGGAACUUUGUCAACAGGAUCAUCAAACUGGUCAACUCGCCGAAAGCUUACUCCAGCGUGAUCCCCGACUUCGACCCGCACAACCUUCCAGCCUCGUUCAAGGAGUCACUGGCCGAGAUCACCGAGCUUUUCAAACAGUAUCUUGCCGAGAUGGAGGCCGUGCACCUUCGCAACGGAGUCCUCGUCGCCAUGAAGAUUGCUGAAGCGGGUAAUGGUCUCAUUCAAGCUCAUCGUCUCGACAACUCCCUGAUCGCAAGUGAUCCCACCCUUGCCGCAGCGGUUAUUGGAACAGUGAUCAACCUCAUCUAUCUCUGCUCCGCCAUCUUUGAGCCAUACCUCCCCGCUACCUCUGCAUCGAUACGAAAGCAACUGAAUGUGGACUUUUUGCAGAUCCCAUCUGAGGACGAUGUCGCCGAUGGGUGGCUGCCAACAUACAUCAAGCCAGGCCACAAGAUUGGGAAGGCUGAAUAUCUGUUCACGCGCAUUGAUGAGAAGAAAGCAGACGAGUGGAGGGAGUACUUCGGAGGAAGCCAAGCCGAGCGGGAAAAGAAAAAGACAGAAGAGGCCGCCAUUGCGGCCAAGAAAGCCGCUCAGAAAGAGAAAGCUAAGGCGAAGAAAGCGGCACAAAAAGCCGCUGCUGCUGGCGGUGAGGGCGUUGAGAAGAGCGCAAAGGGCGGCAAGCAAGGCAAGGAGCUGGCAAACGGAGUGGCUGAGGUUGGAGAGGAUGCAGCGGUACAGAAGGUUACUGAUGGUGUCGCCCAGGUAACACUACCCACGUCUUGA